UAAUUAUUAUGUUUUGUGGUCAAAACAAACUAAUUCGUGCCAAGGAAACAUCCAAACUACAUUUUUGCAAUUAAUAAAAGCCGCACAGUGGGACUAUGGAGGAAAUAUGCAGAGUUUGCAGGGCAAACUCCGGACCAUUCACAAAUAUUUUUGAUGAGACACACACAUGGGACACUUGCAUUGCUGACAUGAUAUCACAGUGCACUGGGUACGCGGUUAGCCGAGGCGAUUUACUACCAGAAAACAUAUGUCCGCCUUGCCUUGAGGAUGCUGUAAAUGCAUUCAAUCUUAUAAAAACAUGUGAGCAGAGCCAUACACUCUAUUUAACACUGAUGGAAGACGAUAGAGAAGAAGACCAUUUGGAAGGCGGGGAUUGGGAACCCUCAGACAUUGAAAAUGAGCAAUCGAACCAAUUAGAAACCGAUGAAGAGAUACACCAAGUUAACAACAAUAAGACGGAUAUUGUGGACAGACCCUACAAAUGUUCCAGCUGCUCAAAAUCAUUUCGGCUAAAAUGCAACCUUCAAACACACACGCGUACUCACUCAGGAGAAAAAUCUUUUCUGUCUUUUACAGAAAAAUCGAAUCUUAAAAGACGCACCCGUACGCACAUGGGGAAUCCACCUUAUAAGUGCUCCCAGUGCUCCAUAUCAUUUAUAAAACUCGCCCAUCUUCAAAUACACACACGUUCCCACACAGGUGAACGACCUUACCAGUGCUCUCACUGCCCGAUGUCAUUUACACAAAAUAUCAAACUCAAAGAGCACAUCCUUACACACACUGGUGAGCAACCGUAUAAGUGUUCUCUUUGCUCUAUGUCCUUUGCCCAAAACGAAAGUCUUAGAGUUCAUAUCCGUUUGCAUAAGAAUCAACGACCUUACCAAUGUCCUCACUGCUCCAAGUCAUUUUCCGUGAAAGGAACUCUACAGAUUCACAUCCGUACGCACACAGAUGAUCGACCCUACAAAUGCUCCGAAUGCUCAAAGUCAUUUCGACUAAAAUACACUCUUCAAACGCACACCCGUACGCACACAGGAGAACGACCCUACCAUUGUUCCCUCUGUUCGAUGUCUUUUAUACAAAAAUCAUGCCUUGAUAGACACACCCGUACGCACACAGAUAUACGAAGCUACGAAUGCUGCCAAUGUUUAAAGUACUUCAAAGAAAAAUCCAGUCAUGAAAAACACAUCCUUAUUCACUCAGACGAACGAACACACAAAUUUCCUGACUGCCCGCUGUCAAUUAGACCCCACCAGUGCUCUCACUGCUUUCAGUCGCUUACAAAAAAUUCCGAGCUCAACGAACACACCUGUAUUCACACUGUGGAGCUGCCGCACAAGUGUACACACUGCUCCAAGUCAUUUGCUCGAUCCGAUAGUCUCCGGAUUCAUAUCCGAUCGCACACGGGUGAACGACCUUACCAAUGUCCUCACUGCUACAAAUCGUUUAGCAAGGAAGAACCUCUACAUAUUCACAUUUGUACACACACGGGUGAACGACCAUACAAAUGCUCUCACUGCUCGCAGUCAUUUCAACAAAAAUCUCAUCUCCGAGAACACACCCGGAUUCACACUGGCGAACGACCGUUCAGGUGUUCUUACUGCUCAAAGUCUUUUAAACAAAAAUCAAAGCUUGAUAGACACACUCUUACUCACACAGGGGAACGACCCUACCAAUGCACUCAGUGCUCGAAGUCAUUUCAGGAAAAGUCGAAUCUCCAGGUACACCUCCGUUCUCACACAGGGGAGCGUCCUUACAAGUGCCUCCACUGCUCAAAGACUUUUAGAUACAGAAACAGUAGCUAUCAAAGACACAUACUUACUCACACAAGCAACGACAACUGUGCCAUUCCAUCACUCUUCGAGAUCACAGCCGUAAGAACGCUGAGAGAGGAUGAUACGAUCGCUCCUACUGCAGAACAAGAUCUUUAAGCGCUAUCUAUGAAUUUUAUAUGUUCAAUUAUGUUAUUCCCCUUAACUGUAAUUUUUUUUUCAUAUUUUACGUAUUUUUUUACAUACAGAUCUCUUUGAACGAGAUUACUGACAAAAUUUAUCAAACAUUUUAUAUUUGAUGUUAAAUGUGUGGCCUUUAUAAACAGUUUUAAAUGU